AUGCGAAAGGAUGGUGAAAGCGACGAAUCCCUUAAAAAGCGAUUCACUGCUGAACGAUCCAGGCAGUUCGAUUUUUUGAUGUCAGAGGAGGCCGCUUUUCAAAGGGCAGAUGGUUGCUCAGAGAGGUUAGGAGAGUUACUACAACCAGAGUACCAGUUAAAACCUAGUGAUGGACGGACACUGAACUACGUUAUAAAAGAACACAGAGAGGCUGUUGAGAAACUGAAAGGGCAGUUAAAAAUUCUGAGUGAUCAUGACUCCACGCUCUUCCGGGCGAAUGGCAUUACCCUGAAGCCUGACAAGAAAUUCCACCAUGACUUCAAUGUGCAGCACAACGCUAGGAUUGAGGCAAAGCAGCUCAAGGUUUCACGGGAAUUAGAAAACCUCGAAAAAAAGAAGGAGACCUUUGACCAGGUCUUCAAGGGCUUAACAGGACACUAUGUGUCAAAAAAAAGAAAAUUAAAACAAAACCGUAGGAAAUCAAAGGGCAGAAAACGCAAACGGUUUGAAAACAACGUCCUACGCGUGUAUCAUAUCUGCGUUGCAAAUCCCCUUGCAAAAGAGCUUCCCAAUUGUCUUCUUUAUCCUCCCUCCAUGACAAUUCCGGAAGCGUGCAUAAACGUUGAAGAUGUAGCAGCAUUGUUGCUAACACGGGAUGCAGCAUUCAUCGCUCACCUACUGCAAUCAAGCUACUUCAGCAAGGCGGCACAAAGCCGGCUUAUUACCAACCUGAAGCCAGAAGUAAGAAACAGGAUGUAUUGCUUCCUGCAUCCUGAAGAUUAUAGCUCAAACGUCGGAGACACGAACAAAGAGGAAGAAGAAAACGACGAAGAAGAGGAAGAAGAGGAAGACAACGAAGAAGAAUAG